AGGAGCGAGAGAGAGUCAGACGCAUUUCACGCCAGCAGAGAGCCAGAGCGACGCGCAUUUCUACCAGAAAAUAAUAUUAUCCUUCCAUCAAACAUGAAGUGGCAAUACAAAGAAGAACAUCCUUUCGAGAAGAGGAGGGCAGAGGGAGAGAAGAUUAGGAAGAAAUAUCCCGACAGAGUACCUGUGAUUGUGGAAAAGGCACCAAAAGCACGAAUUGGCGAUCUUGACAAAAAGAAGUAUUUGGUACCAAGUGACCUCACUGUUGGACAGUUCUACUUCCUGAUUCGCAAGCGCAUUCAUCUUCGACCCGAAGAUGCACUUUUCUUCUUUGUUAAUAAUGUUAUUCCUCCAACUUCAGCUACAAUGGGUUCCCUAUAUCAGGAACAUCAUGAGGAUGACUUUUUCCUGUAUAUAGCCUAUAGUGAUGAGAGUGUCUAUGGUGGAGUGUGCUGAGACGUGUUCCUGGAUUUACUAGAGAACUUUACUGGACGACCAUUUAAUGACUGGAUGGCUGUUGUAACCUUUAUGGAUACAAAACCCUAGAAGCAGAGAUGAUGUCAUGAUAUUAGUGGUUUUGAGCCAUGUAGGCAAAACAAGUGGCCAGAGAAUAUGAAAUUGUAAAGGAUGCACUGUCAUGCAGGGUUCAGAAUUACUAGUAACAUUACUAAGGACAGUUUCUAAUUUUUCUGUGUGAAGUGAAAAAAUGCAUUUAUUGCACUGCUUUACCCAGAGGCAUCUUGUGUACUGUUUGAUGGGAUGUUGCACAACAGUUAACAACUUCCACCAAGUCGUUCUGCAUAUUCCUUCAAAUUGCACCUGGGAUCAUGCCUUACAAGGGAGUUUGUGCUUUUCUUCCCUUGAUGUAUGCCAAAGGUUUGAAUUUUUGGCAGGUUUUGUUUCAGAAUUUGUCUUUAUAUAAUGGGCAAUGUAAUUCAUGAAGGUCCUGUAUCCGAUGGGCUGGGAAACUAGUGCAUCAUAGUCAUUAGUUUAAUCACUGCUUCUUUUUUGUUUUCACAAGUUCUUGAAGUUUAUGAUCAGUCAAGGUUGAGUGGCACAUGUACG